AUGGUGGGUGUUGACACUCGAUUCACACCCAACUCGGAAGUUGUAAUCCUACAGCGUAUGCAGGCUCUCUUCACCCACACGUUCCAGGUCGGAAUGGGCCACAACGGCCUUAUUCCCAGUUUCCCAGGCACCGGAUUUUCAGAAGUCUCAAGAGCCUGGCCCCUCCCCUUCACGAACUCUGUCGAGGGACGAUUAAAAUCACUUCCAUCAGUCGAGAAGAACUCACUAGCAGGUAAUUAUUUAAUAUUUAAUCUUGUUACCAUGGUUUAA